GACGUGUCGGCAACGGCAGGACGGGCAGCGCGUGAGGCCCGCGGGAAAGGGCUUGUCCUGGGGUCUCCGCGGUUCACAGCCAGGCUUGGGGCUGGUGGUACUGGUGGGCUGUGAGCACAUCCCCCCGGCAGGAUGAUCACAGACGUGCAGCUCGCCAUUUUUGCCAACAUGCUGGGGGUGUCGCUCUUCCUCCUUGUUGUCCUCUACCACUAUGUGGCUGUCAACAACCCCAAGAAGCAGGAGUGAGGUGACAUGAGGGCUGAGUUGCACUGCACCGUGACACAGUGGCCAUGGAGGAACAGGGACCAUCCAAACACAGCCUGGAGCCCUGCAGUAGCAGUAUGGUUGCUGCAGUGAGGCAAGAUGCUGAGCUUCUUCCAAACCAACUUUAACAUAAACAUGACGAUACCGGAUAAAACCAU